CUAACGAAAAAAUUUAGGAUGUCAUAGUUGAAUUCUUCGUUUACUAUAGAAAAGAUGGCUAACCUACAAGUUGUUAUACUUUUAAUUGCUGUGUGUUUUAAGUUAGGAGCAGGAGAAGGGACUUUACUUGGCUUUGGAGUAUCUGCUGCUGAACAGAAACAAAUAGUCGAUCUUCAUAACUCCGUGAGGAAUCAAAUAAUGGAAGGCACGCUUUCUGGCCAACCAAAGGGUGUUAAUCUUCUUCAACUGAAAUAUGACAGCAGUCUUGCCGAAGCAGCACAGGAAAUAGCCAAUACUACUAUUUUUAAGCACGCUGCAGUUUCUGAUGAUCGCUUUUAUGUUGGCCAAAAUCUGUUCGCCGCAGCAUCCACAGCGCCUGGAUCAGGCAUAGCAAACUGGACCAGCGCAAUAAUCUCAUCCUGGGUUAGUGAACAUAAAUCUUACACAUACGCAAAAUGCUGUGUCAGCGGCACUGGACAUUACACUCAAGUCAUUUGGGCAAAAACUCAAUAUGUUGGUUGCGGUUUUAGCUACUUUAAAACGACAGGAAAAUAUGCCUAUAAUUAUCUGUAUGUAUGCAAUUAUGGACCGGGUGGUAACUCUGUUGGUUCUUAUCCUUAUGAAACUGAAAGUUGAAGAAGCUCUGAUUUGGUGUCUAUGAAGUACGUUUCACAUUAAGCUAAACAAUAAUUAAGUUUAUAAAAAUAAAGUAUAAAAAAUAAAUGUAUUUUUUAAUAA